AACGCGUCGUUACUACGAGCAGCUCUGUUGACAGUGGUUCCCUUCUCAGCCGUAUAAGGUGGAGAUUCUCUCUAGUACUUGGCGGGCUUGAUAUUAAGGCCGACGCACUGCACCUCCUUAAUGUCGAAGCACAAACUCUUUCUGUUGAGACACGGUGAGGGGGCAUGGAACAAAGAGAACCGCUUCUGCAGCUGGGUGGACCAGAAGCUCAGUGAGAAUGGAGUCGUGGAGGCCCAGGAGUGUGGCCGGCUGCUGAAGGAGAACGGCUACAAGUUUGACCACGUUUUCACCUCCAUUCUCAGCCGCUCCAUUCAGACAGCCUGGCUGGUUCUGGAAGCCAUGGGGCAGGAGUGGGUCCCUGUCACCAAGUCCUGGAGGCUGAACGAGCGCCAUUACGGGUCUCUGAUUGGCCUAAACCGAGCCGAGAUGGCACAGAAGCACGGCGAGGAACAGGUGAAGCUGUGGAGAAGGAGCUAUGCCAUCACCCCGCCCCCAAUUGAGGAGUCACACCCCUAUUUUGCAGAGAUCUAUAAUGACCGCAGGUACACCACCUGUGAUGUACCCAAAGAGAAACUGCCCAGAACUGAGAGUCUGAAGGAAGUUCUAGACAGGCUCUUGCCUUAUUGGAAUGAUGUCAUCGUUCCUGAAAUCAAGAGUGGCCAAACUAUCCUCAUUUCAGCUCAUGGAAACAGCUGUAGAGCCUUGCUCAAACACUUAGAAGGAAUAUCUGAUACCGACAUCGUCAAUGUUACUCUUCCCACUGGAAUACCGGUUCUUCUGGAGUUGGAUGAAAAUCUUCACCCUGUGAAGCCUCGAGAACUCCUCGGUGACCAGGCCAAAAUUCAGGCAGCUAUUAAGAAGGUGGAGGAUCAGGGAAAAGCCAAUGUAGGAAAUGCCAGCAUAGGAAAGUAAAUAAGGGUUUAAUGAAGGGAAGCUUGCUAUUUAUUGCUUGAUGUUAAUAAGGUUGAUAGAGGUGGCCGUUGUAGAAGGUGUCUUGUGAUUUAUGAUGCACUGAAAAGAAGUAAGUAUUUACACUGUACACAUUUUUACUGUGGCUAAAUAGCAUUAGCAUAGAAUCUGACAGAAAUUGGAUGAGGUAACAGUCACUGAUUUACUUUACAAUGGGUACAUAGGCACAUAUUUUUGUACUGGGAAAGACAAACAAGAAUUACAGUAGAUUGAUGCAUAACUGUAAUAAUUCCUCUGUGGUAAAGUGUGCUUGCAGGUUUAGUUUUAAUUUCUGAAUUAGUCUUUGAAGAAGACCAGCCUGUGUCUUAAAAAAAUAGUUCCAUGUGUUUUUAACAAAACAAUGUUUUACUGGGAGGCACAACAGCUGCAUUAUUAUAGAUAGGUUUUUAAAGUUUAUGCACUAACAAAUACAAAAUGUACCUCAACAUACCUGCCAGCCAGUGUCAGUUACUGUGAUUUCAGUGCUGAGCCAACUCUCAUUGAUUCGCCUACAUUGUAGGCCUGCAGUUGUUGUGGAUAGAAAUGUGUUCUGCUGCCAUAUUUUAACUAAAUAUCGGCACUGUGCUGUUCGAAUAGUCACUGUUUUUAGUUAGAUUUGCACUUUAUCUGUUAGCUAGUAUUUGUUUUGGAAAAACAUACACAUGUAUACAAAUGAAAGUUAUUACAGUAUUUGUUUAUUUAUUAACAGAGAAAAAAAAUAUAUAUAUAAUGGAAACAUAGGAGUGUAAAUAAGAUUGCUAUGCUUAGAAAGUCUAUUGAUGUUGGGGUGGUUCAGUAGUGUGAAGAUCAUACAGUAUGUACUGUACUGUAUAUAUGCUAAGGGCUUAGACUAGGCAUCAUAAUCAUACACUCAUCUAUAUUUAUUUCUGCUAAAUAACUGCAGGGUUUUUAAGUGUGAUUGAUAGCAUGUUGUAUUCUGUAAUGUUUUUGUAAUGUUGUGUUUUGUUUUUGUGUUUGACACUGUACUGUAUUUAUAGUCUAAUUUCCUUUUAAUGAUCUGUUAUGUAGAACAUAUUUUAUUUAUGACAUAUGUAAUGAUGAUGUGCAUCUUGAAGGUCAUCUUUAUUGCUGCAUUACAUACAUGAAGGAAAUGCUGUUACAUAUUCAGGAGGCUGUGUACAAUACUGUGUUUGGCUGUAACUCUGUUUGGCUGUAUUAUUUGUUGAUUUAAUUGAUACCAAUACUCAUCCCUAGACUUCAAAUCUGAUUACUGAAUUAUACUUAAAUCAGCCAGAACUGAUUGAAACACACUGUAGACAAAUUAAGAAGGGAGCCAAUCAGCAGAUUGUAUUUUGAAAUAAGAAAUGUUUAAGUUUUUUAUUGGUUUCCAGAUGCUGAUUAGACUUCCAGUCCUAGUUGUAACCUCAUGCCAUGUUCUUCUACAUGCUCUUUGUAAGGGUCUCUGCUUGUUUUUAAAAAAGAAAAGAGUCCUUUAAAUCUGCCAGUUUGUUUCUGACUUGUCACAAGAGGAAUAAAGCUGCUGUUGGCUGCUCAAA